AUGAUUAGUUAUCAAGGUGAAAUUAGAAGUCUUUAUGAUGCUUUACUUCUAAUUGAAGCAGCUAGAAUCUCCAAGAUACCUACUAUAAAACGAAGGUUGACUGCGUUUGAACGUCAAAGGUAUAUUAAACCUAAUAGUAUUUUUAUUUGGAAUGAAUCGACCAGUAACAUUCGAAGAUGGACAGAUGGAAAAUUUUGGAGUGAUUCAAAGCUUUUCAACAACCAUUUCCUAAUUUAUCAUGAAAAGAGUUCUGAUGCUAAAAAU